AUGGCUUAUGCUUCUUCAAAUCGUCUUCCUGUCCUUCUUCGUCCAAAGAAUUUUCAGUGGUACUGGAACUCAGCUGUCGAUCCUUGGUCAUUAGCCGAAGAAUGGAUGAAAUACGCAGAUGCUGAGAAUGAAAUUAUUGAAGAUGCAUAUAGUCAGGAACUACUUCAGGUGGAAAUUGAUGGUGACUGGGUGAUCAAUCUUAAGCAUCAGAUUCAGUACAAGAAAAAUGAGAAAGACAAACAGAGACCUAUCAAACGUGUUCAAUCAGAAAAUGAUCGUAGUCAUGUGCACUUGAGAGAAACAAGAUUCUCGCUUCCAAUAACUCUAGCAGCUACAAGAUCGACACCAUCAAUUGAAGGAUCACAAACUGCAGAUAGCGAUACGCUAAAUCAUUUAAGAUCUCAUAGCUAUAUUGCCGGUACCUAUUUUAAAUCAGAACUAGAAAAGACUUCCAAAGUUUUUAGUGAUGUUGUGGAAGCUGCUGCAGAAGGCAUAAUGAAGGAGGGCAGCUUACUUGGAAAAACAAAGGAAGCCGAAUGGUUAGCUCGACAGUUACUUACAGUCAAACAUUACGGGAACGGAAUUUCAGCAGAUUGGUGUCAUACUAUACCUGUUGAAAUCGGUCAAAUGUGUGUUUACCUCUACACAAAAGAAUGCUUCUGGUACAAACUUGUUAAUAAACUGCUUCGUGAUAUUUCUAAUAUCACAAUUGAUCAAUUAAAAUCGAUCGGUCCAUUCUGUUGGUUACUUCAGCAAUAUUUAGAAAAAAAUAAGACACGUGAAAUUAUAACACUUUAUCGUGGAUGUGAACUGACGGAUGAACAACGAAAAGAUUACAUGAUUAAGAAGGGUACAAUAACUUUUACUGCAUUUACGUCAACCAGCAGAAGUCGAGAGAAAGCAGAACAAUUUGGUAAUACUCUGUUUAUCUUCGAUUGCAUGAACAAGUAUUUUCCUCGUGCUGCUCACCCGUGUGGUGCAUUCAGUGUUGAUAUUGCAGCAAUCUCCGAUUUCCCUAAUGAAGAAGAAUUUCUUAUAGAGUCUAAAAGAGUUUUUCAAUUUAUGCGAUAUGAUUAUGAUUUCAAAAAGAAGAAACAUCUAAUAUAUCUUAUGAGUUUGGGAUAG